AUGCAGUCUCAGGAUAUCCCGACACUUGAUGUGGUCUUCUCUGACCAAAGUAUUGACGUAGUCUCUGCUUUCAAGCGUGAUCCUGAGGACACUUGCGAGGCACUCUUCAGGACUCUGCUCUCUCUCCCACUAAAUCUAUGCACUGCAACUCGCAUAGAACUUGGAAUUUAUUUUCGCGGUUCGCUUCAAUCCCCACGCUCAAUCACACCGUACAGGCUGCACACCAUUGUUGCUGAAUGUAAAGCUGGUAACAUCAAGAGAUCUACACUAGAAGCCAAAUUCUUCAGUUAUGGUGGUACCAAGGCAGUCACUUAUCUGGCUGCUGCUACCACUGAUAACAAAGCAGUCGUUGGUCUUCUAAAGAAUCUUGAAGAUGAUCAAUUGCGACGCUUUGUGGAGUCAAUAGGAACGAUCGAGCCUCAUCAGGAUCUGCGGUACAUCGUCGACACGCUCGAAAGGAAAAACCCGGCGAGGUUGUCGAAGCGCAAGCUGCUGCCUUCCAAGCCGAGGACCUGCAAGAAAAAGCAGAGUCGUCAUUCACGCGUAAAGCUAUCUUCUUCGAAUCCAGGCCCACAGGAGUGUACCAGCUCCGAAGCACAGCGCUCUGACACCGAUAGCCAUGCAUGGCCGAACCAUUUCGACAGCAGUCCAGGUUAUGACUUCUUAUCUGAGUUGACACAUGGUCCCGCCUCUGGACUAUCGAAAAUCCUAUAUGAAGAGGAGACCGCAUCUAUUGAAACGCACAUUUCCGGGCCAACUUCACUGGCAUUUGUGGAUGACACACAUAGCACGACGCUGAAUCUUCCACUGAUGAAGAGACAGCAGCAGCAGUCAAUCGAUACACGAGUAGCUCUUCCUUUAACCACACAAUCAGAGCAAUCGAAAACUUCAAACGAUUGUUCACAACCUGCAGGAGUCAUGCCCCAAGAGACUCAUAUAUCAGCUGCUGCGACAUAUAUAAACUCGAAUAACUUUGAGCAUUAUGGUAUCGAUCUAGAUAUGUUCAAUGUUUUGUGA